CCACGAUGGUGGCCACGUGCUUGCAGGUCGUGGGCUUCGUGACGAGCUUCGUGGGUUGGAUCGGCAUCAUUGUCACCACGUCCACCAACGACUGGGUGGUGACCUGCGGCUACACCAUCCCCACCUGCCGCAAGCUGGACGAACUGGGCUCCAAGGGGCUGUGGGCCGACUGCGUCAUGGCCACGGGGCUGUACCACUGCAAGCCACUGGUGGACAUCCUCAUCCUGCCGGGCUAUGUACAGGCAUGCCGAGCUCUGAUGAUUGCGGCCUCAGUCCUGGGCCUGCCUGCCAUUCUCCUGCUGCUGACAGUACUCCCCUGCAUCAGGAUGGGCCAUGAGCCUGGUGUGGCCAAGUACAGGCGGGCUCAGCUGGCUGGUGUUUUGCUCAUUCUGUUGGCUCUUUGUGCCAUUGUUGCCACCAUCUGGUUCCCGGUGUGUGCCCACCGGGAGACCACCAUCGUGAGCUUCGGCUACUCGCUCUACGCCGGCUGGAUUGGUGCAGUGAUGUGCCUCGUGGGUGGCUGUGUCAUCGUCUGCUGCUCUGGCGACGCCCAGUCGUUUGGUGAAAACCGUUUCUACUAUUCUUCCGGAUCCAGCUCCCCCACGCACGCCAAGAGUGCUCACGUAUAAGAGAGCUCCCGACUUGCCCUCGAGGGGCUGUCGAUGCUGGGGUGCCCGCCCCUAGGUCUGCUUGCAUCAGAGGGGAAGCC